AAUAAAAAAGGCAGUUGUUGGGAAGUCAUUACAGGCCUACACUGUAUGCGCCGUUCCACAAGGGUGGCUGUAGCCUAGGGGGUCGGAAACCUUUUUCAUCUUGUGUGCCAAUUUAUCUUUAUCCUUCAAUUUAUAAAGUUCUGCAUGCCAGUUAUGAUUUUCAUAUACGCAUUGUAGGCUACCUAACCAUGCCCUAAAAUCUGCCCAAAAACUGAAGAAUUAUGUAGCUGUCUACUAGACAGAGGCGCUGCCCAUUUCAGCACCACACCACUGAGCUCCACUAUGCCUACUUGUACAGAGGAGCUGUCCAUUCAGCGGUGCUGAAUCACGGACACAGCCUUCCCUUUAAAAAGGCAUGUGUAUAUUUUGUGAUUUGUCAUUCUUUGAGCUUUUGUCUUCAUGUGUCCUUCUCGAUUGUAGGCCUAAGUAAGUCUUUUGAUGUGUGCCUUUUAUUUCAGUGCAUGUGUUAAUGCAUGUUUAUGUAUUAUUUCUUACAUUGUUACACCAGGAUUUUUUUUGUACAAGCAUUUCACUACACUCUCAUUAACAUCUGCUAUCCAAGUGUAUGCGACCAAUAACAUUUGAUUUGAUGUGUAGGAUUUAUCGAGCAUAGUUUGCAUUCAUCGUCAGCUGUUUAAUGCACCGGUUACUUUCACAUUGAUUUGAAGUCGGCCUUGUUCAGGUACUGUAUGCAUGUUGUUUAUUGGUGCUUUCAUAAAUGAUGUAUUUUUAUUGCAGCUUAAGCAUGUAAAUGUGGGUGAAGUCAUACUCAAUAGCUGACAGAAUGGUUAAUGCAGACUUGUACUUUAAGAAGUAUUUCUCACUCUGAUUUAGCGAAGACAAGCUACAGAACCAUGGAUCAACUUGGAAAAUAAAAUAUGUAUUUUUUUACUCCUCAGGAGUUUUGGUGUGGAAGAAAAAGACUGGAUAUCCCCAAGACACCUGGAUCGACUUUUUGAGAGAGUUUUGUGGUGGAAUUUGUAAGAUUACGGUUCCACUAAUGGAAUCACCAGACAUUUGUUUAAAUGGAACUAGGGACCUUCACCCACACGUGUGUGUGUGUGAGAGAGAGAGCACAGCGUUAAUCCCACCACCCAGAACAUUUCCAGCUGGCGAAGGAGGCGACAGAGCCGGCAGAGGAGGAGACGGAAGAGGAGCAGGCGGUGGUAAAGGAGGAGCCGGCGGUGGCAAAGGAGGAGCCAGCGACGGCAAAGGAGCCGGAGGAGGAGCAGGCGAUUGCAAAGGAGGAGCCGGUAAAGAAGGAGCCGGCGACGGAAAAGGAGGAACCGGAGGAAGAGCCGGCGACGGCAAAGGAGGAGCCGGCGGCAGCAACGGCAAAGGAGGCGACGGAGCCGGCGAUGACAAAGGAGGUGACGGCGGAGGAGGAGCCGGCGACGGCAAAGGAGGAGCUGGCGGAGGAGGAGCCGGAAAAGAAGCCGGUGGUGACAACGGCAAAGGAACAGCCGGCGGAGUCGACGUCAAAGGAGGCGACAGCAAAGGAGGAGCCAGUAAAGGAGGUGGCGACGACGGCAACGGACCAGCCGGCGGCAAAGGAGGAGCCGGCGGUGGCAAAGGAGGAGCCGGAAAAGGAACCGGCGGCGGCAAAGGAGGCGAUGGAGCCGGCGACAGCAAAGGAGGAGCCGAUGACAGCAAAGGAGGAGCCGGUGGCGACGAAGGCAAAGGAACAGCCGGCGGAGGCAACGGCAAAGGAGGCGACUGCAAAGGAGGAGCCGGAGGAGGAGCCGGAGGAGGAGCCGGAGGAGGAGCUGGAGGAGGAGCCGGAGGAGGAGCCGGCUCCGGCAAUGGAGGAGCCGGAAAAGAAGCCGGUGGUGACAACGGCAAAGGAACAGCCGGCGGAGUCGACGGCAAAGGAGGCGACAGCAAAGGAGGAACCAGCAAAGGAGGAGCCGGCGGCGGCAAAGGAGGACCCGGAAAAGGAGCCGGCGACAGCAAAGGAGGAGAUGGAGGAGGAGACGGCGACGGCAAAGGAGGAGCCGGUAAAGGAGGAGCCGGUGGCGGAAAAGGAGGAGCCGGCGAUGGUAAAGGUGGAGCCGGUGACGGGAAAGGAGGAGCCGGAGAUGGCAAAGGAGGAGCCGGCGACAAAAAAGGUGGCGAUGGAAAAGGAUGUGACGGGAAAGGAGGCAACGGUGGUGUUAAAGGAGGAGCCAGAGCAAGCGAUGGAGCCAGCGACAGCAAAGAAGGAGCCGGUGGCGGCAACGGCAAAGGAGGAGCCGGAGGAGGAGCCGGCGACGGCAAAGGAACCGGAGGAGGAGCCUGCGGCGGCAAAGGAGGAGCCGGUAAAGAAGGAGCCGGCGAUGGAAAAGGAGGCGACGGCGGCGUUAAAGGAGGAGCCGGCAGCGGCAAAGGAGGAGCCAGACCCAGCGACGGAGCCAGCGACAGCAAAGGAGGAGCCGGCGACGGCAAAGGAGGAACCGGAGGAAGAGCCGGCGACAGCAAAGAAAGAGCCGGAGGAGGAGAUGGCGACGGCAAAGGAGGAGCCGGUAAAGGAGGAGCCGGUGGCGGAAAAGGAGGAGCCGGCGAUGGCAAAGGUGGAGCCGGUGAUGGGAAAGGAGGAGCCGGAGAUGGCAAAGGAGGAGGCGGCGACAAAAAAGGUGGCGAUGGAAAAGGAUGCGACGGGAAAGGAGGCAACAGCGAUGUUAAAGGAGGAGCCGGGGGUGGCAAAGGAGAAGCCAGAGCAAGCGAUGGAGCCAGCGACAGCAAAGAAGGAGCUGGCGGCAGCAACGGCAAAGGAGGAGCCGGAGGAGGAGCCGGCGACGGCAAAGGAGCCGGAGGAGGAGCCGGCGACGUCAAAGGAGGAGCCGGUAAAGGAGGAGCCGGCGACGGAAAAGGAGGCGACGGCGGCGUUAAAGUAGGAGCCGGCAGCGGCAAAGGAGGAGCCGGUAAAGGAGGAGCCGUCGACGGAAAAAGAGGCGACGGCGGCGUUACAAUAGGAGCCGGCAGCGGCAAAGGAGGAGCCAGAGCCAGCGACAGCAAAGGAGGAGCCGGCGAUGGCAAAGGAGGAACCGGAGGAAGAGCCGGCGAUGGCAAAGGAGGAGCCGGCGGAGGAGGAGCCGGCGACGGCAAAGGAGGAGCUGGCAGAGGAGAUGCCGGAAAAGAAGCCGGUGGUAACAACGGCAAAGGAACAGCCGGCGGAGUUGACGGCAAAGGAGGCAACAGCAAAGAAGGAGCCGGCGACAGCAAAGGAGGAGCCGGUAAAGGAGGAGCCGGCGACAGAAAAGGAGGCGACGGCGGUGUUAAAGGAGGAGCCGGCAGCAGCAAAGGAGGAGCGAGAGCCAGCGAUGGAGCCAGCGACAGCAAAGGAGGAGCCGGCGACGGCAAAGGAGGAACCGGAGGAAGAGCAGGCGACGGCAAAGGAGGAGCCGGCGGAGGAGGAGCCGGCGACGGCAAAGGAGGAGCUGGCGGAGGAGGAGCCGGAAAAGGAGCCGGCAGCGGCAAAGGAGGAGCCGGUGGCGGCAAAGGAGGAGCCAGAGCCAGCGAUGGAGCCAGCGACAGCAAAGAAGGCGGAGGCAAAGGAGGAUCCGACGGCGGCAAAGGAGGAGCCGGCGGCGGCAUUGGAGGAGCCGGAGAUGUAGCCGGCGACGGCAAAGGAGGAGCCGGUAAAAAAGGAGCCAGAAAAGGAGCUGGCAGUGGCAAAGGAUGCGACGGACCUGGCGAUGGCAAAGGAGGAGCCGGUGGAGGAGGAGCUGGAAAAGGAGCCGGAGGUGGCAAAGGAGGAGCCGGCUGUGGCAAAGGAGGGAUACAGACCUCCUGACCUCAGGAAACAUUUCAAAGGGAGAGAUACAGAAUCCUUGGUAAACUCAGACAACUGGGUGGUGGACAUUUCAUCAGUCCUGAAAAAAAUGAACAUGUACUUUGUUUUCACUAUGCUGUAUCCAAUUUUUUUUAAUCUUAGUCGAGUUUACAGCAUUUUGGGCAGGAAGCCUUGAUAAAACCAUGCGUAUCCAGAAUUAUACUUCAGACACAUCAGAUGAUACUGUUUCCCAGUAAGCAGAAUAGACACCUUCUAAAGUAAACAAUCCCAGAGCCACUUUCUGGUAACCUUAUCAUUUUGACCUGUUGCAUUGAUUUAAUGAACAUAUAAAACCUGUUGUUUAACAAAUCUAGGACCCUCAAAAAGUUGGUGCCGUCUUAUCAGCUUAAUAUUCGAUACUAAAACAUUUACUUCAAUCUCAGACUCUGUUCCACGUUCCAUUAUCGUUUUAGAUGACAUUACCUUCUUGCUUAAAUCACUGGUGUUACGCAAACUAUGAAAUUGAGUAAUAAUAAUUAGAAAUUGUCAAAAACAUUUCCCAUUCAACUAUUCAUACCUCUUCUCCAAAUAUCCCGCAUGUAUCCCUUACAGCCCGCUCGAGCCCAGCGCACCACUCUCUUUCACCUUUCAACUAAAACAUAGAAUUAUUAAUGUAUUCAAACCACUAAUAACAUUACCAUCCACAUACUGAAAACAAUCAUUCAACUGGAAGUUAUCAAUUGUGAUCAUGUUCACAGUUCUGUCAUAAUUGCCGAUCACCUGUUUUUAGAAUGCAAUUAGAUUUAGGUAACAAUCCGUCAGAUUAGGCUACAUGUAACAAAACAAACACUGGCUGUUGACAAGCAUAUAUUCAGUUCAUAUCCAAAUGAUUCAUAUUUGAUUCAGUUAUUGAAAUCACGACUGUCACGGCAGAUUUCCUCCUCUUCGUCUGAAGAGGAGUAAGGAUCGGACCAAGUGCGGCGUGGUAA